UACAUAAUCUUUCCAAGUUGUACUGAAGUGUAUGUAAUAAAUAUCCUCCCACUUAUCUCAGCAGAAAAGGCCAAAAAUUUUUUAAAUUAAUGCUUGCAAUUAAUGCGCGGGGCUUCUAAUUUUAAUAUCAAAACAUGUUUGAAAAGUGUAGCGGAUUGACACAUUUGUGUUACUAAGGAAGUGCUCGCAAUUAAAUUUGUGGUCAGAAGUGAAGGAUAAUGGCUCUCAAACAACUUUUCGUUCUUUUUUGUGCAAGAAAUAAUCCCUUGAAAAAUGCAAAAAAUCUGUCUACUAAAUCCGGCAUGGCAAGAAACAUUAGUUUUGGAGGUUAUGCUUUAUUAGCAGUUCCAAUCACAACAUUCUGUUUAGGAACAUGGCAAGUGAAGAGAAGAGCAUGGAAACUAAAUCUUAUUGAUGAAGUUAAAAAAAAGAAUCAAGAGCCUCCUGUUGAGUUUCCUGAACAGUUGCAAGAACUCUCUGAUAUGGAAUAUAGAAGAGUGAGGAUGCGUGGUACUUUUGACCAUUCAAAAGAGGUUUAUAUUGGACCUCGAUCGCUCAUGAGCAACAAAGAAGAUGGUGGAGGUGGUGUUUUAUCAUCUCGUUCUCAAACAGGGGUUCUGGUGAUUACACCUUUCCAUUUUGCUGAUAAAAAUCUUACUAUCUUAGUUAAUAGAGGUUGGGUUCCAAAACAUAAAAAGGAUCCUUCUACAAGACCUGAAGGACAGAUCCAGAAUGAAGUUGAGCUCAUUGGAACAGUACGACAUCCUGAAAAUAGGCCACAAUUUUGUCCCAAAUCGCAACCAGGUUCUGAUUUGUUUUUCUACCGUGAUGUAACUAGGAUGGCGCAGAUGGCUGGAGCAGCACCUAUACUGGUAGAUGCUGAUUCUUCAAGUACCGUUCCUGGAGGUCCUAUUGGUGGGCAGACUAAAAUUACUUUUAGAAAUGAACACAUGUCUUACAUUUUAACAUGGUACUCUCUUUCCAUUGCAACUUUCUACAUGUGGUACAGAAAUUACCUUCGAUCUCCAAAAGUUUUGAUAUAAAAUUGUUUAGUGAUAGUAAUUCAAAUUUUGAACUUAGUAAUGGUGGCCUAGAAGCUUUUUAUCACUUGUUAUGUAUGUUGAUUGACAUAUUUGAUUUUGACAUUGAAAGGUAAAAUGUUAAAACAUGUUCGAAAAUAUUUUUAAUAAAAUUUUAGAAAGUU